UUACGAUAGAGUUGUUCAACAAAACUCGAGACUUAAGAGUACUUACUUACUUCAAAGUAAACUAUCUUUACUGGAUCGGAGUAUAAAAACAGUUAUAUUUUGGAUUUGGUUUUACUUAUAAAUUUUGUAUAAAGUACCUUUCUACUACGCUCAUGAGUCAAAGUUUACCACUUAUUCCAGGGUAUUCCUUUAGAGAUCUUCUGAAAGAUCGUUAUGUAUUUCCGAGUACCCUUGUGUACAGCAAAGGAGUUCCCUUAUCAAAAUCAAGUUUAUCAUCAACAAGCGAGACUGCUGCAGCGCUUCUUGAGGCCCAAAACAAAACAUUAGACAGAGAGACAUUAACCAGAUUGACCUAUGGACCUAAGAGAACAGAAACAACGGAAAUUAAACUACCUAAGUACCUGGCAAUGGACAAAAAGGUGCUUCGUUUCGUCGGAUAUUUGCGAGAGGAAGUUGAUGACUGGUCAAGAGAAAAGUAUCGAAUUCGACCAGUACAUGUCCUGUAUUAUCUCCAAAAUGAUACAAUGGAAGUUAUUGAACCAAAAAUUGCCAAUAGUGGAUUAGUUCAGGGAACUUUAUUGAAGCGUCAGGUAUUUCCCCACCCAAAAGGCAGAGGACGUCGAUAUUUGUGGAAAGAUUUGAACAUUGGGAUAGAUGUUAGAGUUUUUGGCAUCUCCAUUCAUCUCACUGAUUGCGACGAAUGGACAAGGGAGUACCUAAUCGAUGCUGGUCUUGAACUUAAUGAACCAGAAUCCAUACCACCUGAUCCAUACAUUGAGCAGAAAAUAAAUGCGCAAGGAAGACACGAAGUAAUAUCUAGAGACAUUGACAACGAUAAGUUAUACAAGUUCCUUGUUAACGACAGAAAAGUUCUCAGAUUCUAUGGCAUAUGGAAAGAUCUACUCAAUGAACCGCCUGACAUGAGACGAGUUAUUGUCCAGUACUAUUUAGCAGACGAUACAAUGGAGUUAUUAGAAAACCAUGCACCCAAUAAUGGUAGACUCCCCCUCAAAACAGUAGUCAAGAAACAAAAGAUACCGAUCGACAGGGAUAAACUGUCAGAAAAUUUUCCACUCGGUUAUUUGGAAAUCAAAGAUGACGAUCUCACAUAUUUUGAUCCGAAAGAUCUUCGCACAGGAAAAGAUAUAACCAUUUUGGGAAAAAAUAUAUUUCUCUACGAUUGUGACGAUUUCACCAGGUAUUUCUACAAAGUUCAAUAUGGCAUAGACGAUAUGCAGUCCAUAAGGGUAGCAGAAAAGCCAAAGCCUCCAGUUCCAGUGAUAUAUCCACCUCAUACUGGUAUCGGUGGAUGGGAGGACUCUUUACAAAAUUGUUUAUCAAUUGUACCCAAGCCACCUAGAAAAGAUUUCAAGAAAGAGGAGCAUUAUAGCGGAAUCGCAUUGCGUUAUAAAGCUAAAUUGAUAACAAGCAUAAAGGAAGACAUUUCUCGAGAAUUUGUAAUAACGUUCUUUCCUUCUGACGACACAGUAACUAUAAAUGAAGAAGCAAUACCAAACUCUGGCUUUCCUGGUGGAGCAUUUUUGAAAAGGAAUAAGCUACCCAAACAACAUUCAAGUUCAUCAGCACAACCUACGUAUUACAAAGCUAAUGAUUUUUUUAUUGGAGCAGAAAUUCGAGCAGCUGGGAAAUUUUUCAAACUUAUGGAUGCUGAUAAAUUUGUACUGGCAUUUAUGGAACAACAUCCUGAAAUUUAUACAGAAGAGCAAAUAGAAAGUCAUAGAAAAAUUCUUAAUCUAUCAAAACAAGUUUUAGGGCUGGAGUCUGAAAAAAACGAAUUCAUGAAAAAGAAUGUCAUAGAAAACUAUGGGUCAACGCCAUAUCCAUUACCAAACUGCUUAUACCCAGCAUCUGAUGUGCAACAAAAAGAAAUAAUUAAGGACGAAUGCCAUUGUUCUGGUAUGCCAGUAGAACAAGUAUUUUAGUCUAUUGGACAUGUGCACAGAUUGCAACAACAAAACCACAUGAAUGGAGUGAGAAAGGUGCUUUUACCAGCAUUUGGAUAUUUAUUCAUGAAUGAUUUUUUUUACUCAAUUCUUUUUGUUUGAACUCUUGAUUUAUAAAAGUCAUAAAUGUUAAUUCUUUUUUUAAAUGUAUAAUAAAAAUUGUCUAACAACUGUA